GACAGUAGGCGAGCCUAAGAAAAUUGGUUAAAUCUUGAUCUAAAAAGUUAAAUCCAUGAACCACCCUGAUUUGAUUACCGUGAAAAUCUACCACACAGAAAGUUCUCCUUUUUAUCCACCUUCAUUGUUACCUUCAGAGCAGCUCUCUCCAUAGCAACUGAAAACUUUUCUGGCCUCAAAUAAUCCUCUCUAGUUCCCAGUGCACAGUCAAAGAAUUUUAAAAACAGGGAACUCUGUGACUGUGAAAUACUCUCCAGGAUUUAAAAGGCUGUGGAGCUCCAGAUAAAGAAUCGUUUAUCUUUCUUCUGAAGAAAUUCCUUUGGUUACAAGUUUACCCCGUAAACGGCAACACACUUAUCUCCAUCCAAGACAGACUCAAGGUGGAGGAAGCGUGGAAAUGUGCUUCCAGACAAAGCUUUCAGUAUCCUGGGUGCCAUUGUUUCUUCUACUCAGCCGUGCUUUUUCUACUGAGACAGACAAACCCUCAGCCCAGGACAGCAGAGGCCGUGGGAGUUCAGGCCAACUGGCAGACCUGCUACAGGUUCUCUCUGCUGGUGACCACCCACCCCACAACCACUCAAGAAGCCUCAUCAAAACAUUGUUGGAGAAAACUGGGUGCCCACGGAGGAGAAACGGAAUGCAAGGAGAUUGCCAUCUGUGCUUUGAACCAGAUGCACUAUUACUAAUAGCUGGAGGAAAUUUUGAAGAUCAGCUUAGAGAAGAAGUGGUCCAGAGAGUUUCUCUUCUCCUUCUCUAUUACAUUAUUCAUCAGGAAGAGAUCUGUUCUUCAAAGCUCAACAUGAGUAAUAAAGAGUAUAAAUUUUACCUACACAGCCUACUGAGCCUCAGGCAGGAUGAAGACUCCUCUUUCCUUUCACAGAAUGAGACAGAAGAUAUCUUGGCUUUCACCAGGCGGUACUUUGACACUUCUCAAAGCCAGUGUAUGGAAACCAAAACACUGCAGAAAAAAUCUGGAAUAGUGAGCAGUGAAGGUGCUAAUGAAAAUACACUUCCUCAGUUGGCAGCCACGAUCAUUACUUUGUCCCUUCAGGGUGUUUGUCUGGGACAAGGAAACUUGCCUUCCCCAGACUACUUUACAGAAUAUAUUUUCAGUUCCCUGAAUCGUACGAAUACCCUCCGCCUAUCAGAACUAGACCAACUCCUCAACACUCUCUGGACCAAACGUACUUGUAUCAAAAAGGAUAAAAUCCAUCAACUUCAAAGGAAACAAAACAGCGUAAUAACCCCUGAUCAGGACUAUUCUAAUUUCUCUUCAUCCAUGGACAAAGAGUCUGAGGAUGGCCCAAUUUCCUGGGAUCAGACUUGCUUCUCUGCUAGGCAGCUGGUGGAGAUAUUUCUACAGAAGAGCCUCUCACCCAUUUCUAAGGAGGACUUUAAGCAAAUGAGUCCAGGGAUCAUCCAGCAACUCCUCAGCUGCUCCUGCCACUUGCCCAAGGACCAACAAGCAAAGCUGCCACCCACCACUCUGGAGAUUAAGUCAUCAAAAGUUAUGUCCUUCUUUCUUUCUGCCUUUUUUUUUUUUUUUUUUUUCCUGAAGGUUCUUGGUUUACAUAAGCAGGAGGCCCCAGAAUUUGGGCAUUUCCAUGAAAGCAAAGGUCAUAUUUGGAAACUGUUGGGAUUAAUUGGAGGCAUCCAUGGAUUUUUCUUGAUAGAAAAAUGUUUUAUUCUUCUUGUAUCACCGAAUGACAAGCAGGGCCUGUCACUGGUUAAUGGGCACGUGGGACAUUCCCACCAUCUUGCACUCAACUCUGAAUUAAGUGACCAGGCAGGCAGAGGCAAAUCUGCUUCAACUAUCCAGUUGAAAAGCCCAGAAGAUUCACAGGCAGCUGAAAUGCCUAUAGGCAGUAUGACGGCUUCCAACCGAAAAUGUAAAGUCAUUAGUUUGUUAGCAAUCAUGAUUCUGGUUGGGGACAGCCUGCAUAAUUUUGCAGAUGGCCUAGCCAUAGGAGCAGCCUUCUCCUCAUCAUCCGAGUCAGGAGUGACCACCACGAUUGCUAUCUUGUGUCAUGAAAUCCCACACGAAAUGGGAGACUUUGCUGUGCUCUUAAGCUCUGGACUUUCUAUGAAGACUGCCAUCCUGAUGAAUUUUAUAAGUUCCCUAACUGCCUUCAUAGGAUUAUACAUUGGCCUUUCCGUGUCAGCUGAUCCAUGCGUUCAAGACUGGAUCUUCACAGUCACUGCUGGGAUGUUCUUAUAUUUAUCCUUGGUUGAAAUGCUUCCUGAAAUGACUCAUGUUCAAACACAACGACCCUGGAUGAUGUUUCUCCUGCAAAACUUUGGAUUGAUCCUAGGUUGGCUUUCUCUCCUACUCUUGGCUAUAUAUGAGCAAAAUAUUAAAAUAUAAGUUAGGAUUGUCAACAUCUUUCAAAAAUGCAUUUAUAUAGUCUUACUUUGUUUCUUUCAUUGCACUCUAUAGUGAUUUUUAAAUUAAGAAUUUUUUAUCUUAGGCAAAGUGUGUAUCUUUCAUUUCAUUAACUUAUUAAUUUUAUAAUGCAGUUUUAUUUUUGGAAACAUAUAAAUAUCAGACUGUCCUUAAUUGAAAUUUUGUCUUUGGUUUCCAACACCAUGAUAAAACUCUUGCUUUUUAAAAAGUAGUUGGUAAAUUCUGCAUGAAUUCUAGUAAAUUUUAAAAUAAUAGACUGUUUUCCUAAGACAGAAUGUUUGUUUGUAGCAUUUAAAGUGGACAGAUGCCUGUUGGGAUGAAAUCAACUGCUACUUCUUUGAUGUUAAUUUUUUUCCCUGUGCAAUUAUAAACUGUAAGCAAGUUAAGUGACAAGCAAAUGUAAUAAAGACUAGUUUUAA